AGUAUAAAAAUCGCAAAUACGUAUAACUACGUAAAUUCCCAUAACCUCCAAUCAAUCCAAUGGAGUAACUUUCGAAUUGCGAAAUACACAUACUACUGGUAUUACCACAUCUGACAUCUAGGAAAAUCCCAACGUUCGUGACAUGAGUCGGAUCAAACCAAAUAAUUACCGACUUUAGAUACAUUGACAAAAUAGUUUUGUGCAAACAUCAAUGACACUGUUUCUUGGGUAAAACCGGGGGGGGGGGGGGCCCAAGGCGCUAGACAGUUUUCUACAUUUGGUUUAAGGUAAACAUUCUCAUGAGUAUAAAAUCAAUCUCCAACUUGUGAUUCGACACCACAUUUCAACAAGUCGCUUCUUAAAGACAACAACCUCAGUGCCAGCUACGAACAAUUUCAAAAUGAACAAAAUGAUUACCUUUACAUUGUGCGCAGUCCUCGCUGUGGCCACUGCUCGCCCUCAGGCGUUUCAAGCCACUGGAACUGGGACAGGAUUUGGAAGUGGUGCCGCCCCACUAUUUGCCGGAAAUGGAGCAACUCCUCUUCUGGGUGGAGCUGCACUGCCUUUUGCUGGACAACCGGUCGGAGGACAACUGGCUUUCCCUGGAUUCAAUCUUGGCACCGGUUCUGGAGCUGGAGCUGGAACGGGUAACGCUGGACCAGGAGGAGUUUCUGCUUCAGGAGUUGGAAUAUCAAGCGCACAAGACGGAGGAUCAGCGACUGGUACUGGAACAGGUUCCGCAGUAUUGAAUGCUGUCACUGGAGAGGCUGCAGCAGCUGGAACUGGUACUGGAAGCAGCACUGGAAAAUAAAUAUUAGUCAUCGCUUAUCGCAUCUGAAGCUCAGAAUACGAGACUAUACUUAAGAAAUGUCGGUUGAAAACUUGAAUAUAUUAUAAAUGUUAAUGAAACAGUGCUGGUUUACUGAAGAAAAAUCACUUGUGUUGUCUCUGAUCGAUCAAUAAACAAAAUCGACACUUAACUCGCAUGUCUUAAAUUAGCACACAAAAUAUUUAAAAACCAAAGUUACAUUUAUUGCAGUGGCUGCCCCCAUGCAGUGUACCUGUUUCGGAUUAAAAUUUAAAUGCAUCGAUUAAAGUUUAGUUUCCAUUUUCA